AAAUUACAAUAAUGAGUUGUAUGGAUAUAAAAAUCAUAAUCAUGAGCUUUCUUUAAAAGAAGUUGAAAUUAAUUCUUAUUUGCCUGAGGUCUCAAAUCUGGAAUAUUAUAGGCCAAAAGAGCAUCCACCCAAACAACUAAAAUCUUCAAUUGAAUCUAGUUUUAAUAAACAUACUAAAUUAUUGGUAGAUCCUUAA